CCUGUCAGUGUCCAUCAGUGCCAGCUCUCAGUGCUCAUCCAUCAGUGCCACAUUUCAGUGCUCAUCAGUGCCGCCUAUCAAUGCCAAUCAGUGCCACUUAUCAGUGCUGCCAAUCAGUGCCACCUAUCAGUGCCAGUCUGUGCCGCGCCUAUCAGUGCCACCUAUCAGUGUGCAUCAGUGCCACCUAUCAGUGCCAGUCAGUGCUGCCUAUCAGUGCCAGUCAGUUCUUCCUAUCAGUGCCACCUAUCAGUGCCGCCUAUCAGUGCCAUAUAUGAGUGCUCCCUUUCAGUGCCCAUCAGUGAUGCAUGUCAAUGCCCAACAGUGCCACCUACCAGUGC